GUGGACGGAGGACUGCGGGGAAUGAGGAUGACAGCGAGCAGCGACCGUUUAUAAAUAAAGCGAACCCAGCUGCACGGACGGACCGACCGACCGAGCCGCUGCUGUUCAACGAUCCAGCGGUUGUUGCACUGACCGGGGACGAGUUCGCUCCUGCGUGUCCCUUUGUGCAUUCCAGCGUUUGGGUGACGGUGUAGGUUCACUGCAGAAAACCGGUCGGAGGGGGUGAACGGGUUCGGGCCUCGGUGGAGGAGCUGCUGUGACGUAGCAGUCCACCGACACACACACACCGGCUGCCGCUGCCAGGACUCAAUGUGGGGAAAUGACCGCGAGUGACCUCAAAGGAAACGCUGUGUUUUAGCGACCGUUUUCAUUCCCGUUUUUACCGCAACGCCACAGCGACAAUGUACGCCAAAAAUUAGCUCCGUAUUCUACCGUUAAAUACGUUACACUGAAGGCGGCUCGCACGGUUGUCUCGCCAGCUAGCAAGCGGACGAUAGCUAAUAUUAGCCGGCUAAGCUAAAGCAGCCGGUUACUCGUUGCGUUCCGCCGUCAGAUGCUAAGCUAGGCUAGGCUAGGCUAGCGGGCUGCCAUGGAUAAAGCCAAGUCGAUGAUGGACAAGAAGGGGGCGUCGGGGCCGUUUCAUGUCAACAACGGCCAGAGCCAGAGGGGCUUCCACGGACACGUCGUCGUGGCCGCUAACGGCAGCUGCUGCGGCGGCGGCACCGCGUUCGGCUGUCCGAGCACCGGACCCAGCGGCAGCGGCACCUUUGACAACAUGCACCACCUGCACCGCGGGGACGAUGCCGAGUGCAACGGCUCCCCGGCCAAGAGGUGCCGGCUACGGAGGAGGACGGAGUCGGUGAGGCGGCACAGACCCCCUUUCCCCUGGUUUGGCAUGGACAUCGGUGGGACCUUGGUGAAGUUGGUGUACUUUGAGCCGGUCGAUAUAACCGCAGAAGAAGAACAGGAAGAAGUGGAAAACCUCAAGUCCAUCCGCCGCUACCUCACCUCAAAUGUGGCCUAUGGUAAAACGGGCGUCCGUGACGUCCACCUGGAGCUGAGGAACCUGACCAUGUGCGGCAGGACGGGAAACCUGCACUUCAUUCGCUUCCCUACGCAGGCGAUGCCACGAUUUAUUCAGAUGGGACGAGACAAGAACUUCUCCAGUCUGCACACGACACUCUGCGCCACUGGAGGCGGAGCGUACAAGUUCGAGAAUGACUUCAGAACGAUGGCCGACCUGGAGCUGCUGAAGCUGGACGAGCUGGACUGCCUGAUCCGCGGCCUGCUCUUCGUCGAUCGGGUGGGCUUCAACGGACACCCAGAGUGCUACUACUUCCAGAACCCGUCUGACACCCAGAGCUGCGUGAAGAAGCCCUGCACUCUGGACAACCCCUUCCCCAUGCUGCUCGUAAACAUCGGCUCUGGCGUUUCCAUCCUGGCCGUGUACUCGGAGAACAACUACAAACGGGUGACUGGGACCAGUCUUGGAGGUGGUACAUUCCUGGGCCUUUGCUGUCUGCUGACGGGCUGUGAGACGUUCGAGGAGGCGCUGGAAAUGGCCAGCAAGGGCGACUCUACAAACGUGGACAAACUGGUGAAAGACAUCUACGGAGGAGACUACGAGCGCUUCGGACUGCAAGGCUCCGCCGUCGCAUCAAGUUUUGGUCACAUGAUGAGCAAAGAGAAAAGAGACAGCAUCAGUAAAGAAGACCUGGCCAGAGCCACGCUGGUCACCAUCACGAACAACAUAGGAUCCAUAGCUCGCAUGUGUGCCGUCAACGAGAAAAUCGAGCGCGUGGUAUUCGUUGGGAACUUUCUUCGUAUCAACACAGUGUCCACAAAGCUGCUAGCCUACGCCAUGGACUUCUGGUCCAAAGGACAGCUAAGAGCCCUCUUUCUGGAACAUGAGGGUUAUUUCGGAGCCGUUGGAGCGCUGAUGGAGCUGCUCAAGACAACAGAGGACCCGUGAAGGGGAAUCCCGUCACGACAUCAUCGACUCUCGACAAGACGAUGUCACCCCAACGCCGUGAUGUCAUCGACUCCCAACGCUGUGAUGUCGUCCACUUUUGACGCUGCUGAAAGGUCCCAUUGACAGAGGCCACUAAAGGAACACUAAGAGAGACGCAGAAACUGAGAAAAGCCAUUUUAAUAAUUUAACUCUUGUACAUAAUGAUAACCUCUAACAUCCAGAGCCCCCUAUCAUAGAGGUUUAAUAUUGUAAUCUUUAAUUUAUAGUUUGCUGUAAUCAGGUGUGUUGAUUCCUGUGAUCAGCCUGUGUCAGGAAGCACAGAGACACAACGUCUAUUUGUGUGUUUUUUUUGUUACUGUGUUUGUGUGAUAGCUACUGUAGCAUUAUGUCCUGAGGAUUGUAGCGUGCCGGGCCACUCUUUGUGCAGCAGUUCUCCUCUACUGAUGUGUUAUCUGCUCAGAAACACUCUGGAAUGAGUCGGUUUCACCACCAGCGGCUCAGAGGAGUUCCUCUUCUGUUGCCACAGAAGCAUCAGGAGGGUUCGGAGGCAGUUUGUGUUUCCUGUUUGUUGCACAAAAAGUUUGCCGUCUCGCUGCGGCGUUAUAAGGAGUGCACUGAAGCCAAAUCCUGUUGAGAUUCAUACAACGCCUGCCUCCUCCCUCAGAUGGAGAGCAGGAAACACCUCUGUCAUUCUGUCUGUCGCUCCGCUGCUCAUGGCCUUCUGCUUUUCUGUUUGUCUUCUACAUCUGCCUCCACGUUAGCGACGCUAGCAGCACCGUGUUGCCGUCACUCGUCCCCAGCCGUCUGAGUUUAGUGUUCGAUCACGGGACCAAGACGUUGUCUUCCAACAGAUUGGAGCGCUUUGUUGAUUCCUGUGGACUGGAACAACCAGAGCUACUGUCCAGUCUGGCUCAGCUGCUUGUCAUGUGAAACACUCUCUGAUAUCUGCUUUCCUCUGGUCCUUCCCCGUCUGUCAGUGUCUAACUGAAGGACACUGACGGGGUGAAGCGCUGAUUUCUUACCCUGCUGCCUUGUUUGGAUGUUGCGGUUUGAUUUAAUGAGGCGUUUAGGCUGAGCUAAGGUUAAAUUUGCUCAUUGUGAGCCCUCAGACGGGGAGAUACUGGGACCAAGAUCAUUUUGCCCAUAUUAACCCCUUACUGUAUGUAAAACACACUUAAUGCUCAUUUGUUAGUAGCAGAAUCAGUUCAGCUGCUGUUUUUGUCGCUCUGAUCAUGCAGAUAUUGUUGAUGGUUGUUCUCUGCAUUGAUUUUAUCCUCCCCAUCCACCAAUUUUAGCUCACAAACAGCAAGAAAAAAUUAAAUUCUAUACGUGCAGGAAAAUAUUCUAGUCAUUGUCCAACAUUCUUCCGCUACAGAUAUUCUACUUCCAUUAAACGAGAAACAUAAGCGUCAGAUUGAGGCUCCUUCGCAGAAUUGAUCAGCAUUAACCUUUAAAUUAGCACUGAACAGAGAAACAGCCACAUUAAUCAGGGAAGAGAUUUUAAACAUUUUUAGAACUGCGUUCUUACCAGAUUUGGAUGUGCUCUGUGUGGAUCUUUUAAAUGAAUCUCACCUCAUCUGCACUGAUUGCAGGAAGUUCGAAUGGUAAAUUUCAUGCUCACCUCAUCCUGUAGGAAAGGUUUACUAUGAACAACAACUGUAGAGAGGCUCCAUCAUCAGUAAAUUAUUGAAUUACCAUAUUAGUCUGUAGCUGUUUUAGAGAAACAUGGACCGCAAGUGUAUUUCUUCCUGCAACAUCAUAGUAAUGCCUCCAUCUCCUCCUUCUCUUCCUUCACUUUACAGCCUUUCAUCUCUUUCUAUUGUCAAAGCAGCUGGACAGUUCAGUGCUUUAUGGAUUUAAACAUCUGUCUUCAUGCCUUUACUCUCCAGCAGAGGAACUGUGCUCUUUCCCCAAGUUCAGAAUUACUCUACUUAUGACUCUUUGUUAAAAUACCUACAAUUUAACAUCCUAAUCACCUAGUAUACUGUUAGCUAAGCAAGGAUUCUGGAGGUCGAUUUGACAAAAAUUGGGGGAUUCCUGUUAUCUCCGCUUCACCUUUUAUCAUUACUUUGAUCCUAAUAGCAUGUUUGCUGCUGUUAUUCAUUUUUGUUCCGGUUAAUUUAUAAAAGCACGCUUUGUUUUGAGGCCACUUGCUUUUUAUGAGCCACAGUAACUUGUAAAACGCCAACAUUUUAAAGGUUUCUCCUGUGAAACUGAAAAUGCAUCUGAGUUUGUAGCUCAACCGGCUGUCAGUCACAUUUUAGUGGACCUUCUGUGGCUCAUGAAGUUAUUUUUCUCAGUUUAUUAGGCUUCAUUAAUCACAUGUUAGCUUAAAUAAUCCAAAUCCCAUCACUAAGUAUGUGAAUCAUAGUGUUUUUCAGUCAUCUCCUCUAAAAACAUUGAAUCGAUCAUGUUUUCUGUCCUACUGUGACAUAGACUGUCUGUUUCUUCUUUGUUUUCUUUUUAUUUGCCUUGUUCUCAUGUUCUCAAGCUCAUGUUUGGAUGAUAACCGUGACCUCAGCCCAUCAGAUGCCGCUCAGCUGUGAAAUCAGGCUGCUGUUGGUCACCUUGUGCCACCUCUGCCCUUCUUUUAAUCUCACAAACCCCCAAUCAGUUGCCUUUUUACUGCCUGCCUCCACCAUGUCUGUGCCCUUCCUGUGUUAUUGCAGUUUACUACCUGUUCAGCUUCACCUGUGUUUUUGUAAUGUUGUGCACAAAGAUGCGUUUUUAUGUCUGGGUUUUACUCUUUUUUGUUUGUUCGUUUUGUGUUUUUGACAUUGUACCAGAUUCAGUGCAGUUCAGGCACAUUUCCAGUCUCACUACUCUCCUGCUGGUCCCAAGGGCAUCUUAGUGCAACAACAACAGUAACUUCUACCAGUAAUGCAGUGGUUUUGGCAGCAAAUUUGAGAUUUUUGGACAGCUAUAAAACUCUUAUCCAAUUUAAAAUGACCUUUUUUUUUAAAACGAUUUCCUUUUUAUUUUAUAUCCUGCUAUUUUUGUGGCCAGUAACAAUCAACAAUGUGAGUUAAUGUGUUUUUCUGUGUGAUUUGAAAAAAAAUACUGUUGCUUUUUAUUGUUUUUGGUUGGCACAACAGAACCAGUGUGACUGUUUCCAGAAAUGUAAAUCCCUGUUAUGAUGCUCCGUGAGGCUGCAGAAAUCUUCUCAAACACUUUGUCAUUUGCAACUCUACUGUCCUGCAGCACAUUUGAUCUCAACAUGCACUCAUAAACAACGGUGGUCAUAUCUAUUUAAUCAACUGAGGCCCCGUGUCACGUCUGAUGCAGAAUCUAGAUGAUAUAUUGUUCAUUUUAAGGUGUACCUGUUUGCGUUUAAAAUCAUUUUCAUGCUGCAGUAACCUAACCCUGUUUAAGGCAGUGUUGCAGUAAUUAUUGGACCUAACUGUUGUACUAAUAUGCUGCUGCAACAUCAGUGUUUUUGACUACAGUUGUGAGUCACAGCACUCGUGAAACCCAUCAUACAAAGCAGCAUCAGAUUCUGCUCUGCUGAAAUGUGACACAGGAGUUCAGUCCUGUCAGUAAAUGAGCUUUUAGGCAGCGUUUCUUUCUGUUCUCUUCAGUCGACAGUGUGUGUUUGUCUGCUGAGUUGUGUUUGAGGGUUUAGUUUCCCACCGGGACCACCUGUACUCACAUCAGUGUGUAUUUUCUGGUACUAUAAGCUGCUUCGGCGUAGAAAGUGUCCACCAAUGUUCUGAAAUCUACCCAACGAGCUAUGCAGUAACUCAUCCAUUGCUCUUUCAGCAUCUCUUCUGUACCAGAACCCCUUGUAGCUUUCCCCCUUCUGACAAAUCCUGUUUGAAUCUUGAAGGAGAGAGUUUCUCCUCCUGAACUUUCUGUCCUGCUGAUGUAGAUCUUGACACUAUUUAAGGUGGAUGCUGCUCCUAUCAGGAUGUUUGAGACCCGAUUAUGCACCAGAACAAGUGUGACAAGCAGGUUUUUUUUAGUAAUCAUGCUACUCUUAAAUGCACUGUCACAUUAAGGCUAUUUUUGUGAGAAAACUUACUCCAGCUCUGUGAAGGUUUCCCACAUGUUGCAUCUGAGUCACUGUGGCAUUACGUUCCUCUGCUUAUCGUGGACAAACCUCCUGUUACGUGAACAAAUCCAACCUUUUAAACUAUCUUCUGGAAUGCUUGACUGGCAGGACAGACCUUUUUCUCCCUUGUGUAUUUGAUUGUACAGAGAUUUUGUAAAUAUUAAUAAUAUUAAUAAUAAUAUGAUAUAUUCUACACCAGCAAUCUGUCUGUUGAUGAAGUGGUUUUAACUGUUCAGAGCCAGGUUUCUCAAGCAUGACUCGGCAAUUCAUGUCCAAUCCGGACGCAGACAGAAGACGAGACGAACCUCUUUCCUCCGCUGAUUGAUCACCUUUACCAACGGUUUUAUCAGAGCUGAUUAGCUGAUAUUUUUAGGAGCCUACUUGUGUUCUAUGACCAGGAUGUUCCUCUUUAGGAUUAGAAACAUUUUUAGAUGUCUUUCUGUGAUUGUCUGGCAUCGUGUGUUCAGAUCUCUAAUUGGAUAUAAAUGUAUUUUACAUGUAUUACCACUUUAAUGUCAAUUUCACAGCUCCAUUUAGCUUUGAUUCAAAAACCACCACCCUAAACACGUCAUACUUAACUCUGAAUGGUUGAGAAACGUUCGCUGGAUCAGUUUUUCCUCCGAGUUGUUCAGAUGUUUUCUGUCUGCUGGAUUUGGUGCCGGUCGGUCGCCUCGGCUCCUCUGUGAUCUGGAAGGUUUUGGGAAGCCAAGUGCUGGUUGUUGGCGUUGGUUCAGCUGCUGCUGCUUUUAACUCCGGUUUGAAAAGAGAAAGGGUUAAAAAGAAAAAAAAAAAUAACAAAAAAUAAGGCUCCCUGCCUUGUGCAAUGUGUAUGUACUGAUGUGAAGAGAUUUUUUUUUUCUAAAAAGGAAUUAAACUAAAACUGGAUGAGA